GAUAUUGCUACGAAAGAUUAAACACGUGGAUCUCCAUCUUGUUGCUGACUUUCGUCUCCACAUUAAUAUGCACAGAUCUCCGGACUUGACAUGGCCGCCUUUACACUUUCUCCGUCCACUCCAGCGUUGUGCUCAAGCAAGAAGAAGAGAGAAUUCAUAGGACUGUCGGCCAGAUCUGAAGCGGCGGAAUGGGAAAGAGGAACGAAGCUGACGUGUGAGGCAAUGGGAAGGAGGGAGCUCAUGAAGUUGUUGAUGUUGGGUGCCGUAGGUCUUCCCGCUGCCGGCAUGCAGCUGCUCCCUUAUUCCGGUUUUUGCACUCCACCUGUUGGAGGUGGCAUUGUUGCUAAAGAUGAGGAUGGUAAAUCCAUUAUAGCAUUAGAAUGGCUAAACGUUCAUGGACCUGGUGACAGAACCCUUACUCAAGGUUUAAAGGGAGAUCCUACAUACCUUAUAGUUGAAAACAAAACAAGUCUUGCAACAUAUGGGAUUAAUGCGGUAUGCACCCAUCUGGGGUGCAUUGUGCCCUGGAACACAGUCGAGAAGAAGUUCAUGUGUCCGUGCCAUGGUUCCCAGUACAAUAACAAUGGCACCGUUAUUAAAGGUCCUGCUCAUCUGUCUUUGGAACUGGCUAAUGUGGACGUCGAAGACGACAGAGUGGUGUUUGGUCCAUGGACAGGAACCGAUUUCAGAACCGGUGAUGCUCCAUGGUGGUCUUAGAAACUACUUUUAGCAUUUAUAGCAUGUUUGUGUUGUUUUAGCUUGUGUUUUUUAGUUUUGAAAUAGAAGAAGUGAUAUAAACAGAUAUGGGUAGAGGUAGGGUAGGGUAGGGUAUGGGUUCUGAAAAGUUUAGAACUCUAAACCAGAAGGUGAUUUGCAGGUCCCAAAAAUUUAAAGUCUCGGUCUAAAUCCAACUCAAAUAAUUUGCAGCCAAAAA